AUGGACCGCAACGAGCCUAUCAUUGUUGUCGGAGCCGGCGCAUUCGGCUUAUCGACGGUAUUCCACCUGUCGCAGGCGGGCUAUACCAACAUCUCCGUCUUUGAGCAGGACAGCCAGGUCCCUCCCCGCCAAUCAGCCGCCAACGACAUCAACAAGAUCGUGAGAGCUGAAUAUGAAGAUCCGUUCUACACCGAAUUGACUGUGAAAGCCAUUGCCGCGUGGAAAACACCCCUCUUUGCCCCACACUUCCACCAGACCGGCUUCCUGCACUGCGUCUCGGGAGCGGCACCAGACAAGGCGCUGGGCACGCUCAAGCGCUUCCAAGCGGCGGCUGAGAGCCACUCUCGCAUCAAAAAGCACCUCGUCCCCAUCGACAGCGACAAUGACAUCCGGCAGCUGUUCUGGCAGUACGAAAACGCGCCGCUGACGGGCUGGCACGGCUACCUGAACCGCUUCGACGGCUACGCGCACUCGGGCGCCGCGCUGCAGGGCAUCCACCGCGCAACGGCGGCCCGCGGUGUGCGCUACUUCCUCGGGGCGCGCGUGGCCGAGAUCGUGUACGACAGGGACAGCAAGAGGGCGGUCGGCGUGCGCACCGCCGACGGCACCAUCCACGCCGCCAAGCGCAUCAUCGUCGCCUGCGGCGCCGCGGCGGCCAAGCUGGUGCCGGCAGCCGGACGGCAGCUGGGGGUCGUGGCGAAGAGCUGGAGCGUGGCCCACGUGCGGCUGACGGACGACGAGACGUCGGCCCUGCGCGGCAUCCCCGUCACCUACGCCCGCGACCUGGGCUUCUUCUUCGAGCCCGACCCGCGCACCAACCUGCUCAAGCUGUGCCCCAUGGGCGGCGGCUACGUCAACACCGACCCCCGCUCCGGCGUCUCGCUGGCGCCCACCGUCGAGGACAGCGCCUUCAUGCCGCCCGACGACGAGAAGAAGGUCCGCGAGCUCCUGCGCCAGACGCUGCCGGCGCUGGCUGACAGGCCGCUCGUGCAGAAGAGCCUGUGCUGGUUUGCCGACACGAGCGACUCGGAUUUCAUCAUCGAUUACGUGCCCGGGACCGACCGGUCCGUGGUGCUGUUGUCCGGGGACUCGGGACAUGGCUUCAAGAUGUUCCCGAUAUUCGGGGAGUGGGUGCGGGAUCUGUUCGAGGCCCGCGAUGGGCGCCAGCCCGUGGCCCAGUGGAGGUGGAAGGAGAAGAAGCCGGAGAAGGAUAGUAAUUGGGGAGGAGAUGUGAGCUGGAGACUUGGAGAGACCAAGGAGUUCUCUGAGAUCAGGCCCUCGAGGGAGUCAAAGCUCUGA